CCAUGUAAGUACUUGUGCUUCCCUCCAUAUACAUAUCCGAACCUUUUUGUUUCUUUCUUCCUUUCCUUUCCCUCGUUUUCUCCCCUUUCUCUCUCUCCCUGCUGAACUCAGAUCUCAUCUUCUUCCCCUUUCCCUCUGAAGAAACCCCUCAAAACCCAAGAAUUUUAGCCAAAAUGGGUUUCCAAUUCAAUUGAUUCUUGAAUUUCGUUUUCCCUCUUCUUCUUCAAUUGAAAUUAAGAAAAAAAUGGGAAUUUUCUCAGCUGGGUGUGCUGGGAAAGAAGUUUAGUAAGAUCAUGCAGCCUAAUCAACAGCAGCCUUCGAAGCGUCAGCUCCCAUUUACGUCGAGUAAACCGCCGUUAGGUGAUUACCAUCGGUUAUCUACUGACCCACUUCAGCCUUCUUCUCAAGAGCCUGAAGGGAUCGUUGUAAAGUCUACUCCACUGAAACGAAAGAGUGGAACAACAAAUUACGAACAGGGAGUUGGUGCACAGGUGGCAGGUUCUGGAAGUUUCAAUGGGAGUAGUCCAAUGCAGACACCAAUUUCAGGGAAAGAUGGAAACUCACAGAAAGCACCUAGGACAUCAAAGGCCAGAUCUGCUGCUCAAGCAACCUCAAGUUUAGGAUCCCCUUCAGGCAAUAAUGUUACUCCAGUUGGUCCUUGCCGCUAUGACAACUCCUUAGGUCUCUUAACAAAGAAGUUCAUUAACCUGCUCAAACAUGCAAAAGAUGGCAUCCUAGAUUUGAACAAGGCUGCUGAUACAUUAGAGGUGCAGAAAAGGCGUAUAUAUGACAUUACAAAUGUCCUGGAAGGCAUUGGUCUGAUAGAAAAGAAACUCAAAAACAUGAUCCAAUGGAAGGGGUUAGAUGUCUUAAGACCGGGGGAAGUUGAUGAGAGUGUUACAAGUUUACAGGCAGGAGUAGAAAAUUUGACGAUAGAGGAAAGUAGAUUAGAUGAACAGAUAAGAAAAAUGGAAGAAAGAUUGAGGGACCUGAGUGGAGAUGAAAAUAAUAAAAGAUGGCUUUUUGUAACUGAAGAUGAUAUAAAGAGCUUACCUUGUCUUCAGAAUGACACACUGAUAGCUAUUAAAGCUCCACAUGGCACCAGUUUAGAAGUCCCAGAUCCUGAUGAGGCUGUUGAUUAUCCACAAAGGAGAUAUAGAAUAGUGUUUCGCAGCACCAUGGGGCCAAUUGAUGUUUACCUUGUCAGUAAAUUCGAGGAAAAGUUCGAAGAGAUAAAUACUGUUGAGGAACCAUCAACCAUGCCUCCAACAUCAGGUUUCAUUGAGAAUGAAACUGUAACAUUGCCUGUUGAUGAUGGUGGAGGAGUUGGUGUUGGGAUGGAGGAACAAGAAAAUCAAAGAGAGUGUCCAGAUGCUGGCACUUCCCAGGACUUUGUAAGUGGAAUUGUGAAGAUUGUUCCAGAUGUUGAUAAUGAAGCAGAUUACUGGCUGUUGUCAGAUGCCGAUGUUAGUAUCACUGACAUGUGGACAGAGUCUGCUCUUGACUGGAACGCGUUUGAUUCAAUUAAUGAGGAUUAUUCAAUUGCGGAUGUUAGUACUCCACGUGCCCAAACUCCCCCAUCUAGUACCACUGAAGUACCUUCUGCGAAUACUACUGGAAGCUGAGUAAUAUUUCCUGGCAUUUAUGUGGAUGCUCAGGCUUGGUUUUCAGAGUAGUGCUCGAGCUUGGUGUUCAAAUUGAUAAAUUCUCCAUCAGCAAAUCUGUAUUAAUUUAUACUCUGUAUAGCCCCUUGAAUGACCUAAACGUAAGAACAAGUGCUUCCGGGAGCUUUUUCCGAAAUGCUCUGUCAGGAAGUUGACAGUUUGAUGCCCCAAAGGAAAUGAGCUUCAUUGUACAGUUAGUAUAUAUAUCAUUGUACUUGUAGUGGCAAUAAUCAGAAUAAGUUGGCAGUUAGAACUGCUAUCAAAAUUUCACUGUGUAUUGUCUAAUGUCUUGCUCUCUACGGCUUAGCUUUGAAAUCUGAUAUUGAUAUAAAGAAAAUUUGAUUUAGUA